GCCCCCGAAUGCGGAAGUGAACGGGACGCGCAGAGCAGCUUGAAUGGGUAUGUAGGAAUGAGAGUUUACAACAUCAAAGAGUGGCGAUUUGAACAUCAACAGAGCACGGACUCAUUUUUAGCCUUGUCUGCCGCCCAUCCGUAAGGUGUGGCUGCCACGCCCUCCUCCAUGCCUGUUUCUCCAGGCUAUGCACGUCUUAACCAAAAUGAGCCUAUGAACUCUCUGCGCAUCACUGUUGGAGGGCUCCCGAUGCUCGCUUCCAUGACUAACACGACGGACUCCCGCUUCCGCAUCAAAUGGAAAACCAUUGUGGUGGUCGUGUCAGCGCUUACCCUCGUCCUCUUCAUCUACAUGCAGUUUCUGCCCUUCCAUCCUCAACGAAACGGCAGAUAUGGCUUGAGGUUGAACCAUCCAGAGAUCCAAGCGGAGGACCACUACAAUGACACUUACCCCCUCAGUCCGCCAGAACACACAACCCAGGGCAUGCGCUACCGUAUUGGGGUCAUCGCUGACCUGGACACAAACUCGCGCAGUGAAAAGAAGCUGACAUGGUUCAGUUAUAUGCUGAAGGGUUAUCUUCUGGUGUCAGAGAGUGGAGAUACGGUGGCGGUUGAGUGGGACCAGGACCUGGUGGUCCUGGAAAGCCACCUGGCAGAGAAGGGUCGAGGCAUGGAGCUCUCUGAAUUAGUGGUCUUUAAUGGGAAACUGUACAGUGUGGAUGAUCGUACCGGCGUAGUAUAUAACAUAGAAGGACAGAAGGUAGUUCCCUGGGUCAUACUGCCAGAUGGUGAUGGCUCUGUUUCUAAAGGGUUUAAGGCAGAGUGGCUUGCUGUGAAGGACGAGCAUUUAUACGUGGGAGGUUUGGGGAAGGAGUGGACCACCACCACAGGAGAGGUGCUCAAUGAAAAUCCAGAGUGGGUGAAAGUGGUGGGUUUCCAUGGAGAUGUGCAGCACAUGAACUGGGUGCCUAAAUACAACUCUCUCCGCAGCGCCGCGGGUAUCAGUCCUCCCGGGUACCUCAUACAUGAGUCGGCAGCUUGGAGCGACACACUGCAACGUUGGUUCUUCCUGCCACGGCGUGCUAGCAGCGAGCGGUACGAUGAGACCGCGGAUGAGCGGCGGGGCAUCAAUAUAAUGCUCAGCUGCUCUCCAGACUUCCAGGACAUCAAAGCGAGAGAGGUGGGACCUCUGAACCCUACCCAUGGCUUUUCCUCCUUCAAGUUUGUCCCAAACACAGACGACCAGAUUAUUGUUGCCCUCAAAUCUGAGGAGGAUGCUGGGAAAAUUGCCACUUACAUUGUGGUUUUCACCCUGGAUGGGCGAAUUCUACUUCCUGAAACUAAGAUUGGAGACGUAAAGUAUGAGGGACUUGAGUUCAUUUAGUGCUAGAGACAUAUACGUGCCAAGAACUGGUUAAUGCCCUUUUUCUAGAUGAUUUACAUCUAGAUGUGGACAAUGAGGUGUCUCUAUGUUGAAAUAGAUGAAGAAUUGACAUUUCUCUCAUUGAUUCUCAUAAUGCCAACUGGCUGUUGGCAGCCAUUGCCUAAAGUUGGGUUCUGGUUAGUUAGACUAAAUGAUUUAGGAUUGUCAUGCUUUAAUUUGUAUAUGAGACUUGUCAGUGCCUUAAUCAAAAGCACAAUUUGUAUUUUAUUUUUUUUAUAUAUAUAUAAUUGUUAUUUUUUAUUAUUGCCAUUCUCAACAAAGACCUUUGCUACAACAGCAAGUGGUCUCAUGCCAGUACUUUACUUGUCACGAAUGUAACAGAAUGAAGUGCUAUACAAUAGAAAACACAACAUAAUUUUCAUACAUAUUUUGUAAACAUCACUGAGGUUGCCAUGUGUUUUUGCUGAAUGUCAUAUUUCUCAUAAUGUGUGUUUUUGUUUUUCUUUUGAUCUAAAUGAAGUAAAAAGAUCAGAUACAAUAAUAAAUAAAUAUAUAUAUAUAUAUAUAUAUAUAUAUAUAUAUAUAUAUGAAAUAUAAAAAAUCUGAAUUGUCUCAAAAUUAUGAAUGAUUAUUUUCCAUUGAUGCAUCAUUGUUUUUUUUUUUUUAUUAUUGUUUUUUUUUUUUAUGUUUUCUGAAAAUGUGUGCUUGACUAUUUUUAAGAAUCAUAUUGAUGUACCUGAAGUUUUUUUUAUCAGUCUGUAUUUGUCAUGGUUUUAGGGAUUUUAUAAAAAAAUAAAAAAGCACAUUCAAAGUGAACCAACACGAAAUGCUGCAUACAACAUAUCAGUGGAAAUGUAGACAGAACUCACAUUCAUUCAUAAUUACUGUUAACAAAUAUUGCAAGCUGAUGUAUUUGGAGGUCACGAAGAGUAUGCUUCUGUUCUGAUUUUUUAUUUUAAAAUAAUGAAUAACUGUUGAUUAAGGAUCAUUUUAAAACAUAUGGGUAAUAAAAAAAACAAUACUUCAUUUUAUAGUUAUGUUACUGCCAGGGCCUUAACCAGGUGUCAGGAACUGGUUGGUUAUUGUCUUCCCCCUUAGCUUAAAUACCUGAACUACACUAUGUGGUGCCAAAAAGCAUGUUUCCCAUGGCAUUUCAAAAAUUACACUUUGUAAAUUACACUUUGGCGGUGAUAAAAUAGGCAAAGUCCAAAGUAUUAACCCUGAAGAACUUACAAUGACUCUAUAGCAUGAACCUGCGUUUUGGCAAUUCACCAAAAUUCACCAAUUCACCUCGUUUGGAAGGAGGUCACAAUUGUCGGCCGCAUACGUCAUCGAGGCUGUCUCGUUUCAGAAAAGCGAGUAGGACACUUCGAAUGCAGCCUUUGAAUGCGACCUUCUUUCGCGGGAAUUCGGAGGAUGCAUGAGGUGUAUCCUUCAUGAGCACUCACAACCCACAAUUCUUUGCUUCAACGGAAAUGUCUAAAAAGAAAAUGACGCCAAUUUGCCCGUAAAUAUGAUGUUCAAACGCAAGUAAUGGCUGUGUCUCGUUUCGAAGGCUGCGUGCUAGGUAGGAUGCGUCCUUUGAAGGCUGCAGUAUACCGAGCGUCCUCCUUUCAACAAAUCUCAUUUAAACGAGACGGCCUUCAUAGAACAAACGGAAACGGAACGUAUCAUGGUUGCUAUGACAGCACGCCACUCUUAAACAAGUGCGAGCGCUUUGAGUGAGAAGGGAACAAAGUCCCUAUAGAAGGGAAUGUAUGAGGUACAUUUUAGGAGAGUUAUAAUGAUGUAAAGAGAAAAGAAAAUAGAUUUUACAGGUGUAUUUUUAGUCUAAUACUUUAUUUUAAUUAUAUAUUAAAAAUUAUACAUAUUAUAUACUCUGCGCCCAUCCAUUGAGGUACUUCAACUUGGGAAUUAUCAUUACUCGCGUUUGAACAUCAUAUUUACGGGCAAAUUGGCGUUGUUAUUUUUUUUUUUUUACACAUGUCCAUUGAAGCAAAGAAUUGUGGGUUGUGAGUGCCCACGAAGGAUACACCUCAUGCAUCCUCUGAAUUCCCGUGAAGGAAGGUCGCAUUUGAAGUGUCCUACUCGCUUUUAUGAAACGAGACGUAUGCGGCCGAGAAAUACGACCUCAGGAGGACGCAACCUUCCAAAUGAGACACAGCCAAAGUUAAUUCCCAAGUUGAAGUACAGAUCAGGGAAAGGAAGGAUUGUUAAUGCUGCAUUAAUCAUCACAUAUGUUGUUGUUAAUGCAAAUAUAAUUUUUCCAUAGUGAAAAGUCUAAUUUAAUUUCUUUGUUUUUCAUGGUAUAGAUUCAUAAAUGUAAAUAAUCAAAAUGUAAAAAUACACUAAAAUGUUCAUUAAAAAAUUAUAAGUUGAAAUAUAAAUUUUUAUUUUAUUGUACUUUCUGUCUUUUACACCUCAUUAUUAAAUAUUUAAUUAAUUACUUUUUGUAUUAUAAUGAGUGAAUUUUGUACUUUCAGUUAAACAGAGAUGUAUGCAAAAUUUUGGGGAUUAAAAGGAGCUUGUGUGCGCCUUAUCAUCAAACCAAUGGAUUGGUGGAGAAAAUGAAUGGGACAAUACAGAGGGCCCUGGGAAAACUGGUCAAUAGUAAAUCAAACACGUGGGACCAGUAUUUGGAUGCGGUGAUGUUUGGAAUCCGGCCCAAGAAACAGUCUCCAUCAACCAAACACUCUCCGUUUUUCCUAAUGUUUGGCAGAGAAACACUACCCUUCAGAAAACCCAGAGCACUACCAGGUUGACAGUGCAAUAAAGGAAGUGGUUGCAGAAGAGGAGGUCUUUCCUGGGAUAAAACGGCAUGAACAAAUUCUCCAGGUUUUAUGGAAACAAAAUCAGGAUGCAGUAGGAAAAAAAAAAGAAAGGACUGAAAAAAUGCAGGGUACAUUGUACAACACUGGUGAUCUUGUAUGGAGACAAAACGUUCGAUCACAGCAACAUAAAGGGAGAAAGCUUGAUCCUGACUACCUUGGUCCUUUUACAGUGACCCGAGUUGAGGGGAAAUCUGUUGACCUUGUGGAUAGCUGUGGCGAGGUUCUCCCCAAAGUCAGCAUAGACCAUCUAAAGCCAUAUAUAGAGGAGAUGCCAAGAAUCCCUCAUAAAAUAAAGGCAAAGAGAAAAGGCCUAAUACAAGACAGUCCCCUGCACAUUCAAAAUCUAACCACCUCUGGAGAUGAUAGCCCCCCAGUAGAAGACAUCACCACCUCCACCGCCACCACCACUGCCUCCACCACCACCACCACUGCCUCCACCGCCACCACCACCGCCUCCAACGCCACCACCACCGCCUCCAACGCCACCACCACCACUGUCUCCACCACCACCACCACUGUCUCCACCACCACCACCAUUGCCUCCAACACUACCAAUGUCUCCACCACCACCACUGCCUCCAACACCACCACCACUGCCUCCAACGCCACCACUGCCUCGAACACCACCACUGUCUCCACUGCCACCACUGCCUCCAAUACCACCACCACUGUCUCCACUGCCACCAAUGCCUCCAACACCACCACUGCCACCACCACUGUCUCCAACGCCACCACCACUGCCUCCACCACAACACAUGAUACAGUUGAAAGUUACAUAAGAGACGCUUGGGAUGGGAAGUGUCCUCACGUGCUUCUCUCAAGAAUAGGACCGUAUAAACUUUUUUUGUGGGACAUAGCAAGAACUGCCCCCAAUCAAGAGCUGGAGAGUGACGUAAGAAUGGCCCUGUAAAGAGUAAAAGGCAUAGUUUAACAGCACUUUCUAUCUGAUUUGAUCUGAGAAUUUUGUAGCUUAUUGUCAAGUUAAAAUUGAACCCAGUUAUUAUAGAUAGUAACAACCACAUCAUUUUGUUUACCUGACAAUACAGUUUUAACAUUUCAGCAUAUACAUGUUAUCUUUGCAUGACAUGUACUUUUUAUUCCAAGGUUGUGAAUUAAUAUUUAUUCAUUCUCAUGAGAAGAUACAACAAGACCCAUCAGGAGCAGGCCCUGUUUGUAGAUUCAUUUGAAAUGUCUGAAAUCUGGAAAAUGAAAAGACCAAAUUGAAGGUAAGAAAACAGAUGUGUAUGCUUGCAUGUAGUUGUAAUAAAGCCAACAACUAAUAAUACUAUAAUAUUGUGAGUGCAGUAGAUUAUGUACAGUUUGUUUCAGAUUGAUCCUAUAAGGUUUAACCUUAUUUUGGGUAUUGUGAAUGAACACCAUCACUGGAUGCUGGAUGGUGAGACUUGAAAAACAAAGAACUGAUAUAUUAUCAACACAUUUUAGCAUAAAGAUGAUGAUGGACCAAGAGUUGUAAUGUGACAGUUUGGCGUGUGUUGGGGUUUUAAAAUUUCAGAUGAUUUUCCCGAAACAGCAGAGGACGAUCAUGCUGGAUCCUUUGAAAGCAACUCCUCGGAAGCUGACAAGAUGCCUUGAGUCCACAAGGACAUUCAUGAAGAGCAGGGGUUUUGCAGUUGAAAAGUGGACCUGUGAGACUCUUCCUCACCCAGUGCAAUAGGAUGCUACAUCAUGCAGAGUAUUUUCCCUGAAAGUAUGUGUUAUGCUGUAGAUAGAAUGAUAGAUAGAUUUUUCAGUAAAUGUUUUGCUGAGAAACAGUUAUUUUGCCAGUAUUUCCUGAUUUUUUUACUAUCAAACAUUAUAUUGUUACUAUGGGCACAGACCUUUAUAUAAUGAGCGACAUAUUCCAAUACGUGUGUGUGUGUUUUAACUUAUUUAUAUUUUUUAUUCAGUUUGCUGAAAAUGUCCUCUGUAAUGAGACAGUUGAUUGCAUUCAAUUCCCUUUAAGUGAAGAAGACUUAGAAAAGUACAGGAAGGAGAUGGCACGCACAGUUCUUGAAGAGACAGGUUUUAUUCUUUGGUUUACUCUACAGAUUUGCUUAAUUUAGAUUAGAAAAUGCUAAUAAAUUGGAACAUUCACAUUUUCCCUCACUUAUUGUUAUCAGUAUAUUUAAUAAUUAUAGGUAACACAUACCACAUAUGUCUUUCAACAUAUGUCUGAGUGUUACAUUAAACUCUGUUAUUUAUAAAUAAAACAGGAUAUCUAAAUUAUGCAUUUUAUAAAAUUUUUGUGUAACUACUUAAAUGUACGUGUUAUGGGAAAUAUUUUCCUGGUAUGGCCUUCUAUGGCUGUGUUUCUUCUAGAUGAUCUUUCAGAGAUGUGUCACUACUAUGGCUUGCAAGAUGGGAUAAAGCCUAAAAGAAAGAGAUGUUGCUCCACAAUCAACUGGUGUGAAUCAUGGGGGAGAGUUCAUGAUUACAUCAUGACUACAUCUAUAUGCCUGUGAUCUCACACUGGAUCCAAACACAGUAAACGCUCAUUAGAAAGGUGACACGUGUUGAAGAGCAUCAGUCAUAUCCUGAUCAUCCAUAGAGAUUUGUUGUGUAUCCUGAGGUUAUGUGUAGAGAGAGUCUGUCUGGAUGCUGUUACUGGGAGUUUGAAUGCAGUGGACGUGAUGUUUAUAUUAGUGAUUGGCCGAUAUAUCGGCCAAGGCCGAUAUUCAGAUUUUUUUAAUUAUUGCAUCGGCCAGUACAUUUUCCCGUUUGGCCGAUUUGUUUCUUGAGGACUCUGAGAAUCAGCUGCUUGCAUGUGAAGAGACUGAGACACGUAAACGACCAGUCACGGUUCGUUUUGUUGUUACGUGCAUCGUGUACCUACAAUAACAGACUGGUGUGCAACACAGCGUCAUUUAAACGGUCCACAUAUCAGAGCUACGACAGACACGUUUGAGCUCAUAAUGUGAAAGCGCUCGCAUGUUUCAUUCUCCCUCUCUCUCCUCAACAGUUCCUUGUCACUUUUAACUGUCUUGUCUAAUGAUAAAAAGGCAAAUAUCAAUAAAGCUAAUAUCAUAUACUAUCUGCAAAUAUGCACAUAUCUAGUUUAAACAGAGGUAAUAAACCAACCUCACACAACUUCAACAGAUUCAGCAUCCUGUGGAGCCCUCACUUAUUUACCUUUAAAGAACAUAUUCUAUCAGCCUCUCCUCAGCAGUUCCCUGUCACUUUUAACUUUCUUUUCUAAUGAUAAAAGGCAAAUAUCAAUAAAACUUCUAUUAUAUACCGUCUGCAAAUAUGCAGAUAUCUCGUUUAAAAAGAUGUAUUUUUUGAGAAAAUGCGAUUGCUAACGUGGACAUGCCAUCCACGGUUGUGUGUACUGUUAUUUCCUUCUUCCUAAUAUAUUAACUAUUUCUUCAUGUGCGAAUAAAUUACUCAAAUUUGAUGACUAAACAGAAAUCAGAAGAAACUGCUAUCUACCAUUUAAAAUACAAUAUUAUUUAGAUUCUUUUUUUACAAAGUUAAAGUGUUCUGUGAAAUUGAGUAAAUAUAUUGCUAAAUAAGAAUUUUAGCAAUUUUAUGUUUGUUAUUUACUAUAUUAAAUUGUGUGAUAUAUCGGCAUCAGCCAUUAAAAAACCCAUAUCGGUCGAUCACUAGUUUAUAUAUCAGUGACAUAUAAAGAAAUCAACAGGAAAGGAGGGAGUGAUGACUGUUGGUUUGGAUAAAGUGAAAAGUUCUGGAGUCUGAUCUGCUCUAAUAACAAUUUCACUGUCAGACACAAUGAUAAAGAAACUGUCAUAUCUACUCGUUCACGAGGCUCAAAUAGAGUAGGAGUGUAUCUGGACUGUCCAGCCGGCAUUCUGUCCUUCUACAGCGUCUCUAACACACACACUUACAGUACACACAUUCACUGUGUAAUCUAAUCUGGGAUGUAUGUGCGUAUAUAAUUCACACAAAAUCAAAAUCUUGUCUUUUUCUCUCUCUCUAUUAAAUUCAAAUGUGCAUGACUGUGUAGAAGCACAAUGUCAAAGUAUUCAGAAGUACACACAUGUAGUACACACUAAAAACACAGUAAAUUGACACUUUCAGUCAUGCUGUAGUGUGUGUUAAUGCAGGUCACACUCAGAUAAUGACAGAAGAACACACUGUAAAUGACUCAUAUUGAACUGAGGUGUUGUGUGUGUGUUUCUAAUGACCUCAUAUUGACUGCAGUGAGUGAGGAAGUGAAGUCCAUCCUCUUGACUCUUCAGUGCGGUUUCUGUCCUCUAGUGUGAGUGUAUAAAUAAAUCAGAAUCAUUUCCUCCUAUUUCAUUCGGAAUCUGUUUUAGGAAGAGUUCGUUAUGACAGACCGAAUCAAAGACAGCCUUGAUGUCACAGCCUUUUUAUAAAAAUAUUCGACCUUAUUUUGUCUGGACAUGUUUGUGUACAAGUGUGUGUAGAUAUGAUCUGUUGUUCUUUUUUUAAUUCAAUUCAUCAGUUGUGUAAAGUCUUGUGUUCUUGGAGAAAUUAUCGUAAUUUGUAAUUUAUGAUGUAAUUGUUGAGGUUAAAUUUGUCACCUUGUUUGAAAUGUGUGUGUAGUCCAAAUAGUGUAGUGCACUGUGCUGCUGUCUAGAGAGGAACAGAAUGAAAAUGAGCACAUAGAAUCGCACUUUGUUCUGCCGUUAACUAUAUAGAGACUGCAGGACUUGCUUUCCAUUCAUGUUUGUCAUGUUGUCAUUAUUCAAGCAAAACUAUAUUCCGUGUAAUAUGUCUGAGAGUCUCUAUGUAUUUCUGCUAUUUUUCCAUGUGUUUUUUGUACAAUUGCAUUAUUUGUAAUGUACAAUAAAAAAUGUUUUAUUAUU